AUGCUGCUAACAAGACAUGUUAAAAUUAUAUUCGCACAAAUUGGAGCACAAAUUGGCAGAGUAUCGUUGACAGGCACUUUGCACUUUCCACCAUGUGGCACAUUGAAAUCUCAGUCGUAUUCUACACCCAGAGCUAGAAAUAUCGGUGUUGUCUGUAUCGAAAACAUGUCCUAUGGCGUCGGAAUCCUCGGCAGGGCUGAUAUCGCUUCCGUUUUUCCUCCAGUUUCUACGGGCGGCCUGUCGGCGCAACACCGCCAAACUGUCGUGCCAACAGUUGCUCUGGCAUCGCUUGGGCUGGUUGCUGUGCCGGCUCGGCGGAUCACGGGAGGGUCGGCAAAACCGUCCCAAAACGGCAAAGCGGCGUGCAAAGUCUCCGAGGGCACCUUAAGCCAGCCUCAACCUCUUCUUCCCCGUCCCUUUCCUUUUCUCUCCUCUCUUCCGGCAAGCUGCCUUCUUCCAUCUCUCACUCCCCCCUCCCAUCCCCUCGCUCUUAAACACCGUCAGCAUGUUCAAGAGGUGAGUAAGACACUCAAUGCCUCCCCAUUCCCCUGCUUUUGGCCUCCCCUGCCGUCUACUGACUACUGUUUCUGCUCCAGCGGCCUCGCCCGGACCCUCGGGAGGGCUGCCUUUGCCCGACCUACCCCUGUUGCUCGACGCGCCUUCGAGCCUCUCCGAUCCAAUGCCCUGUCUGCGCUCUCUGCCCGGUACGCCAGCACUGAGGCUGGUCGCGUCGGCAAAAUCCACCAGGUCAUCGGUGCCGUCGUCGACGUGAAAUUCGACACUGAGCAGCUUCCUCCGAUUCUGAACGCCCUGGAGACCGACAACAAUGGCCAGAAGCUCGUGCUGGAGGUUGCCCAACACUUGGGUGAGAAUGUCGUCCGUACGAUUGCUAUGGACGGUACCGAGGGUCUCACCCGUGGUCAGCCUGCCACCGACACUGGCGCUCCUAUCAAGGUCCCCGUCGGCCCUGGUACCCUUGGUCGUAUCCUGAACGUCACUGGUGACCCCAUUGACGAGCGUGGUCCUGUCAAGGCUACCAAGUACGCUCCUAUCCACGCCGACCCGCCGUCGUUCUCUGAGCAGUCGACCGCUGCCGAGAUUCUGGUGACCGGUAUCAAGGUCGUCGACCUGCUUGCUCCCUACGCCCGUGGUGGAAAGAUUGGUCUCUUCGGUGGUGCCGGUGUCGGUAAGACCGUGUUCAUUCAGGAGCUGAUUAACAACAUCGCCAAGGCCCACGGUGGUUACUCUGUGUUCACUGGUGUCGGUGAGCGUACCCGUGAGGGUAACGACCUGUACCACGAAAUGCAGCAGACCGGUGUCAUUCAGCUCGAGGGUGACUCCAAGGUCGCGCUGGUGUUCGGUCAGAUGAACGAGCCCCCGGGUGCUCGUGCCCGUGUUGCCCUGACUGGUCUGACCAUUGCCGAGUACUUCCGUGACGAGGAGGGCCAGGACGUGCUUCUCUUCAUUGACAACAUCUUCCGUUUCACCCAGGCCGGUUCCGAAGUGUCUGCCCUGCUGGGUCGUAUUCCCUCUGCCGUCGGUUACCAGCCCACCCUGGCCGUCGACAUGGGUGCCAUGCAGGAGCGUAUCACCACCACCACCAAGGGCUCCAUCACUUCCGUCCAGGCCGUCUACGUGCCUGCUGACGACUUGACUGACCCUGCCCCUGCCACGACCUUCGCCCACUUGGACGCCACGACUGUGUUGUCUCGUGGUAUCUCUGAGCUGGGUAUCUACCCUGCUGUCGACCCGCUCGACUCCAAGUCUCGUAUGCUUGACCCGCGUAUCGUCGGUCAGGAGCACUACGAGGUGGCCACCCGUGUCCAGCAGAUGCUUCAGGAGUACAAGUCCCUCCAGGAUAUCAUUGCCAUUCUGGGUAUGGACGAACUGUCUGAGGCCGACAAGCUCACCGUCGAGCGUGCCCGUAAGCUGCAGCGUUUCCUGAGCCAGCCUUUCACUGUUGCCGAGGUCUUCACGGGUAUUGAGGGCAAGCUCGUCGACCUGAAGGACACGAUCCGCAGCUUCAAGGCCAUCAUCAACGGCGAGUGUGAUGACCUUCCUGAGGCUGCCUUCUACAUGGUUGGUGACAUUGACUCGGCCCGUGCCAAGGGAAAGGAGCUUAACCCGGCGGAAGUGGGUGAACCGGACCAAGCUAAGCUACUUUCUCCCGCGGCCGUUGAUUGCUGUACUGAAUUCCCACAAUAUGAUUUCCCUCAAUAUGAUCUGAUGUGUAGAUGGAUGGAUCAGCUGUCAAUGUGUAGUCUCCUGACUGGUAGAGAUAUCAGAUCUGACAAGGACAAGCUAUGUUCCUUGUUUCCCUCUUCCAUUCGUCUGUCCGUACUUGUGAGGGUGGUCGUUAUGGACUGGAUUGUUGGUUUGGAAGUUGAACUGUGUAUGUAUAUUUUUUAUUCGAGGUUAUGUGCUAGGCACUUUGUCGGCUACACUGCAGUCAGUGCAGUCAGACUGCUGAGACGAGAUCCUGUUCAUAAGCUGGACAUAUAUACAAUGCAUACAUCACACUCGUCCCUCUUUUUUUCCCCCUCCGUUUCAUUUCCUUUCUUUCCAAGUAAGCAACUAAAUUCUGGCAUGCUAUGGCUGAGUCGCUGGCCAGUGAAUAAUCAAAUCGCGUGCGUGGGCUGGGCUUGCUUGGACUCCCUCGGUGAUGCUCUCGUUGAUUUCGAGAUGAGUGAGAUUCUUCGAUUGAUCGAUCUGGGUCUGGAGAUGGAUCAGGAUAUGGAUCUGGUACAGACCAUCAAUGGUUCUGCAGUACAUACAAGGCUCGUGGGCAUCCUGUCUCCAACUACCAACUCAGUAAAACUGGUACUGUACCUACGGGCUGGUCCAGGCCUGGUACAAAUGGAGGUGGAAGACAGAAACGGAAACGAUUACCAGUUCCAAUAUCAAUAUCAAGGCCAGGCGCUGUAUGCCACGGAGCGAUGGUUCUCUCUGCCUGACAUGCAUUUACCUAGACGGGAAGGUGACAGCACAUCUCCUCCUCAGAGCCAUGCUAUGGACUUGAUCCGUCGACUAGGUACUCGAUUGAUGCAUGCAUUUACUACCAGGUUUGGUUCUCGUCGUGUGAUGCUGUUUCCAUUUGUUAACUUCUGUAUCGCAGGGCAACGGCAGCAGUUGAUCGACGUCCAAAAACAGACCUUUCCAGCGCCAGCACAGCUCCAACCAGCAGCAUCAGCAACAGAAUCAACCGCACCACCAACGCCGACAGUGCCGACAGCGCUAACGUCUGGAGCAUCAAUCAAACUCCAGAACCGGGACGAGCUGACUAACUGCCGGCUAAUUGAUAGCCAAAGCAUUCAUUCAUUCGUCAAGGCCGUCGAGCCGAAGAAGCAAGCGCGAUAUCUGUACAACGGGGGGAAGAAGAAGAAGACAGGGCCCGAUGGGAGCGGGACUGGGACUAAGGGCGAUCCAGAGCAGACCAAGCCGGCAUGGUGGCUGACAGGGCAGGGAAAGAGUCCGUCUCCUGGUACACAUCCUUCGCGCAACGUCACUGUCGACCGACCUGCUACAAGAGGCCACGCGCAGUGUGCAACGACGAGUUGUGCCAGUCGAGAGAUUGGAGAUUCUAAACGAGAUAUUCUCUUCCGCGUGCGGAGGGCGGAGGAGCGGUACGAGAAUGGCGAAAUUGACAGAUCGACAGAGGUCCUUGUCAUGGAUCGACUCGACUGUGGAAAAUCAGCUCCUGCUCCUGCUCCAGUCUCAGUCUCGGCCAGAGUCAGACUCACGGUCGUGGUCAUGCAGAUGACGAGUCCCGGCCGUCGAUGGCGUAGCAGCAGCAGCAACCGCCACUACAAGAACUACAACUACAACUACAGUAGAGGAGACUUGACUUGCGUAGUCUCUCUCCAUCAGGUCCUUUCUCCCAGACGUCUGUCUCGUCAGGACUAA